AUGGAGAGUAACUAUCAGAGAACACUGGUCUCAGCUUUCCUCAAUAUCUCUGUAGAUCAAACUGUGGAAACCGCUAUAAAGUGUCUAAAGUCUACAAAUUGGAAGCUUGAAGAUGCCAUCAAUCUCUUAUUUGCCAUCGACAGAAUGAGAAAUAAUCAAACUUUGACACUAAAACCUUCCGACUCUACUAGAUUGCCUUCCUUGUCUCCUCCUCCUCCUCUAAAUCUGCUUUUUAAUGGUUCGUUCGAAGACGCGAAACUAGCUUCUUCUAGCAAAGAUCUAUGGUUGCUUGUUCAUAUCCAAUCCGAAACUGAGUUUCCUUGUAAUACAUUUAACCGAGAUUUAUGGUCAAACGAAGACGUUUCUCAAGCCCUUGAGUUUAGGGGCGAGAUUAAAGCUAAGGGUUUUCUUAAGGAUUUGAAGAAGUAUAUUGAUGCUAGUCCUCACGAACAUAUUGCUUCUACGGCAAGGAACAUGCGCGUAAAAGCAGAAAAGAUUUGCCACUCUGAUCAACAAGACAUGGGGAAUUUGUCAUCAGAUAGCGUCGUGGUUUCUUCUUGCGGGCGAGAAUUUGAUGAUGUAGUGACUUUAUCCGAAGAUGAGGAGGAAACUUGUUUGUCAAGCGACCUGUUUGAGUUCCCAGUUUUGACAAAAGAGCCUAAAGGAGACUGUGAUCGAAGCGUUGUCUGUAGUAUCAGCGUUCGAUUUCCAAAUGGGAGAAGAAAGCAGAGAAAGUUUCUCAAGAGUGAACCGGUUCAGCUUCUCUGGUCUUUCUGUUAUUCUCACAUGGAUGAAUCAGAUAACAAGGCGUUCAAGCUAGUGCAGGCGAUUCCUGGUGCUUCCAAGACUCUGGAUUAUGGAGCUGAAGCCUCGUUUGAUCAAUAUGGGAUCGCUAAUUCGAUCAUCUCGGUUACUUGGGAGUGA